CGAAAGUGCGGCAGCGGAAGCGCAGCGAGGCCGGGGAGGAGGAAGCGAGUGCCGUUUGCUGGGCGGCCGGGCUCCUGGCGCCAUGGGUCGCCUGCACUGCACGCAGGACCCCGUGCCCGAGGCCGUGCGCGGCGACAUGCAGCAACUGAACCAGCUGGGCGCGCAGCAGUUCUCAGCCCUGACAGAAGUGCUUUUCCAUUUCCUAACAGAGCCCAAAGAGGUGGAGCACUUUCUGGCUCAGCUCUCUGAAUUUGCCACCACCAAUCAGAUCAGUCUUGGCCCCCUCAAAAGCAUCAUGAAAAGCCUCCUCCUGGUUCCGAAUGGUGCACUGAAGAAGGGCCUCACUGCCGAGCAGGUGCGGGCUGAUCUCCUGACUCUAGGUCUUAGUGAGGAGAAAGCCACUUACUUUUCUGAAAAGUGGAAGCAGAAUGCCCCAACCCUUGCACAGUGGGCCAUAGGUCAGACCCUGAUGAUUAACCAGCUGGUUGAUAUGGAGUGGCGAUUUGGAGUGACAUCUGGAAGCAGUGAAUUAGAGAAAGUGGGAAGCAUAUUUUUACAGUUAAAGUUGGUGGUUAAGAAAGGAAAACAAAUGGAAAAUGUGUAUAUAGAAUUAACGUUGCCUCAGUUCUACAGUUUCCUACAUGAGAUGGAGCGAGUCAGAGCAAGCAUGGAGUGCCUCAGCUGAUCCUGUUUCUUGUUCCCUUGUUCCUGCCUCUUCCCUCAGGGCUGCUUCAGGGACCCCACCACCUCACCUUGGAAGCCCGGGUGCAGAGUUUCUGGGGGGGAAAAAAAAAAAAAAACAGGGCCCAGUACUUGAGUCCUGCACGAUUCCUCUGUAAGCUCCUCAUGGAGCUUCCGCCUCCAGUCUCCUGGGAACAGCUAUUACAUCUAAGGUUGUUUUCUUUCUUUUGGGGGGCAGUGUCACCUCCCAUUAAGCAGUAAACAAAUGGUUCCUUCAGCCA